UCUUCCUUCAUACAUUCGUAAAUAGACGCGUCGUUUGUUUGCUCCUGCUCUGUUCCAAAACAGAAAAAAAACCUUCGAAGUCUUAUCAGUCGAAUUAUUAUCAGUACGCUUAUCAGUUUUAAAGAAAAUUGAAAAAUCGGUUAAUGUCUCAUACGUAAAACUAUUAUUCCGUGUUCAGUGCUAGCAUUAUUCGCAAUUGAGAAGCAUCGCAAUGGAAUCGAUGUAUUUCUCCACACAGCCGGAUCCUUCCGCGGACAGUAAACGAACCAUUCUUCGGGAAUUGAUCGACCGUGAUGCCUUGGCUGCGGAUUUGCGCCUGUCGUUGUUUGUCUCUGCUGCCCGGUCCUUCAAGUACGACUCCUGCCUGCAGCCGUUCCCACCGGAUUUCAUCAACGGUAACAAGGAGAAGAACAUCGACGAGCUGAAUCGCGUCCUUGGCGGAUUUCAGCCUUUGCAGGAACUGGAUAUUGAGGAUUUGAAUAGCAAACAUCUGGAUUUGCUCCACUGGAUUCUCUGUCAGAAGUCUAAUCCAGGCCUACGAACGGUUCCGAAAAAAGAUUUCGAUUCCAUAUUAGCCAAAGCGCCUUGCAUAGCCGCAGUUCAACGACCGCAGCAAAUUUUCGAAGUGGUCUACCGAGAAGAUUCCAACCUGGAGCGACGGUUCCGGGAGAAGCGGGAUCAAUUUGCGCGCCAAUAUGCCUACCAUGGUAGUAAACUGUUCAACUUUUACUCCAUUUUGAACUACGGGUUGCAACAGCACCUGAACCGGACGGCUCUCUUUGGGGAGGGAAUUUACCUAUCGGCCGAGCUGCACGUUAGUCAAAUGUUUGCCCCCACGGGAGCCGGAUGGGCCAGGUCAGCGUUGGGAAGUCAUCUGGCUUGUACGGCCCUUUGUGAGUACAUCGACAAUCCGGACUAUGUCAAGUGUCAUACGGAGAACUCAAUUGCAUCGGAUAUUCCGGAGAAGUAUAUCCUGGUGAAGAACAACGAUUUGGUACAGGUACGAUACCUGCUAGUUUACGGAAGUAAUCGCCGACAGGUGGCACCGACUGAGGUGAGUAACAAUACCCCGGACCAGAGGAUGGGGCAGACGACGAACGGAAGGGCUCCACCGAGUCCUUGCGUACGAUGGAUUGCGGCUAAUAAGAGUUGGCUCAUGGCGGGCGGGUACGUCCUAAUGCUGUUCGGCAUCGGGCUCAUGAACAAUCCGAAUGUGCACUACAUGAGGCAGAUGUUUCUGCAGAAAAUUAACCACGUUUGCCAUUCGCUGUUUGGGGGCGUGGCCGAGAGGGAUGCAUGAGGGGAGGGUGAGUGUGAUGAUCGGGACCCAAAAGUGAUUUCUCGAUGUGUGAUGUUUUAAUGGGGAAUUUAUAUUUUAUUUGUAUUAUUUACUGAAUAUAUGGUAUUGUAACUGCA